UUUAGGUCACGUUUGACAUUUCGCUCUCUACUUGCAAUGUCUACGAUUGUUUUCAGUUUUCAUGUCAGUUUUGACAAGUCCGCGAUUUACUAACAAUGGAUACGUACGAAAGUGUUAUUUUAGUAAAACCUGAGGUGUUUGUUUUCAAUAUACCACCUAGAUCGACAAACAGGGGCUACAGAGCUGCUGAUUGGAAUUUAUCAGAGCCAGCAUGGACAGGAAGGAUGCGUCUAAUCUCAAAGGGUAACGAGUGCGCCAUCAAGCUCGAAGAUAAAUCAUCGGGGGAACUUUAUGCAAAAUGUCCUAUUGAGACAUACCCUGGAAUUGCUAUUGAAGCUGUUAAUGAUUCCUCCAGAUACUUUGUGCUUAGAGUACAAGAUGACAAUGGUAGAACAGCCUUUAUAGGAAUCGGAUUUGGCGAUAGAUCCGAUUCUUUUGAUCUUAAUGUAGCUUUGCAAGACCAUUUCAAAUGGCUUAAAAAAGAAAAACAAUUCGGCGAAGAAGAGGAAGCAGGUCCAGGGCCUGCUCUGGAUUUGGGCUUUAAGGAGGGGGAAACCAUUAAAAUUAACAUGAAAAUAACGAAAAAAGAUGGCGGUGAUAGUAGCUCCAGAAUAAAAGGCAAGGCUGGAUCAGGUCCUGGUCUUGGAUUACUGCCACCGCCCCCUAGCGGCAAACUACCGGCACCUCCGGGUAGUUCCCCGGCAGGUUCUCCGGCGCAUGCGCCCAAACCCGAAGGUGCUACCGGGGAUUCCUGGGGCGAAUUUACAUCUGCUCAAUCUAGUGGUUCACCAGCAAGCUCGCCAGCAAACAGUAAUUGGGUACAAUUUUGAGUAAAAAUUUAAUAUCAAUGAAGAGUUUAAUCUUUAGUUUUAGUCAGUGUAGUGAAUCGUAGCUUACAAUGUUCAUAAUGAUGGUGAUUCACUGCAAUAAUAUCAUUUAAAUAUAAGAAAAAAUACAUUAUUUUUUAUUGCAAAGUGUAUUAUAAAUAGUAUAAAUAUUGUAUUGUUUAAAAUAAUAUAGUUAAAAUAUGUUAUGCUUAAGAAAUUUAAAAUGGAUUAAAU